AUGGGCUCUCAGAAGAGCAGGCCAGCGCCUCCCAUCAGGCUACAGCAGACAUCGAUAGCUGACAUAGCCGAUGGCCUCAAGUAUGGCCGAUUUACUAGUGUGGAUGUCGUUGAGACCUACAUUGCGCGCAUCAACCAAGUCAAUCCUGAGAUUCGAGCUAUAAGCGAAAUCAACCCAGAGGCGAUAGCGAUCGCACAGGAGCGCGAUGAUGAGCGUGCGGACGGACGCGACCGAGGAGUCCUACAUGGUGUUCCAGUCCUGCUGAAGGACAUCUUCUCAACAACAGACAAGCUAAGGACCACGGUUGGUUGCAGUGGCCUGCUUGGUGCGAAGAGCGCGCUCGAGGCCACGGUUGUCAAGAAGCUCCGCGAAAGCGGGGCAAUCAUUCUCGGGAAAACCGUGCCUACGCAAUGGGCCAACUACCGUUCUCCAUCACAGGCCUCGGGCGGCUGGUCUUCAGUCGGAGGACAAUGCAUUGGGGUAUUCCACCACAACCAAUAUGCCUCAGGGUCGUCCAGUGGUAGCGCAGUUGCAGCGGCAAUCGGUCUUGCUUCCGCUGCCUUGGGAACCGAGACUGCAGGCAGCAUCACCAAUCCAGCAUCCAGAAGCGCUGUUGUCGGCUUGAAGCCGACUGUCGGGCUGACCUCGAGAUAUGGAGUGUACUGUGUCAGUGAAUGGCAAGACAGCGCUGGUGUACUUGCACAAAAUGUCAAAGAUGCAGCGCUAGUGCUCAGCGCCAUCGCUGGUGUCGAUGAAAAUGACACAUUCACGUUCGCCGACCCUCGUGAUCAUGGGCACCCAGCCAGACCAGAUGAAGGCACGGAUUUCACCCGCUUUUGCAUGGACGACGGCCUAAAAGGGCUAAGAAUAGCGGUUCCACGGCAUGUCAUGUCCGAUGAUGACGUGGUUACUGGGAGUUUCAAUGAAGCCUUGAAGAUUUUGGAAACCCUAGGGGCCACAAUUGUCGAUAACGUCGAGUUUUCAGAAUGGAAUCCGAAGUAUAGCAAGACCGACAAAGAAGGCUGGAAACUUGCAUUCCGCGUCGCUAUACGGAAAAAUAUGGAAGCAUUCCUCCGGACUUUCUCGGAAAACCCAAAACAAAUCUACUCUCUGGCCGAUCUGAUCGAGUAUACCAGAAUUACUCCUGAGGAACGAAACGAAGAGUUCGGCAUGACCGAAUGGUUGGCGGCCGAAAGAGUUGGUUCGCGAUACGACGAAUCAUCGGAUGAGUUCAAAGAGUCUCUACGCCGACGGAAUAGGAUGGGAGGACAGAUACCCGAACUCUUGGAUCGCUAUGACUGUGAUCUCAUACUCGUUACGGGCGCCACAGAGACAACUUCGAAUGUUGGUGGCUGUUUGGCCUCCAAUUUGUGGGUCGGCGGUAUGAUGACGGGCGGCUAA